AUGUUGCGCACCCAGCUUAGAAGAAUUGCACUACCUACACCUAAUCGUCUAUCCGGGGCCGGUCUAUCGAAGCGCACUCUUAGGACCGGGUCUUACAUCCCGGGAGAGGGGCUCCCGGCCGUUCCGAUCCUCAGGCCGACGCUAUGGGCAUUUGCCGCUACAGCCACCAUCUUUCUCGGAUGCGCUGCGUAUGACGUCCGUCGAGACGUCCAGAACGCCAAGAGGAAAGGGCUUUUCAAAGACGGAAGCGUCGCUUCGUACGAAGACUUAGAAGACGCCAAGCGUCGCGGCCAUACCGUGCACUCCCUGUUCCGCAAACCCGCGCCGCCGAAAUGGCACCUCCCGGGCCAGAUCGGCGAGAUGCUCGCGGGGCACAACGACGCGGAGAAAUUGAUCUUGGGGUUCUCGGCUCUCCACAUCAGUAUCGUCGGGGCGAGCUCUCUUGCCCCGGCGGCGUUCAUGCAGUAUUUUGCGCACACGCCUUGUUUUAGCCCCAACUACACGCUCCUGACGUCCAUGUUCGGCCACGCCGGUCUGCUCCACGCCGGGAUCAAUACCCUAGCCUUGCUCCAGAUGGGCCCCGAGGUCGCGCGGUCCCGCGUCUUCGAGGGCAACGGCAGUCACUUCGCGGCUUUCUAUCUGUCGGCCGGCAUAUUCUCGUCCCUGGGGUAUCAAGUCGCGACUAUCUUGCCUACCCGAACUUACAAGUUCAACCGUCUCCUUCCGGGCCUAGGAGCUAGCGGUGUGCUUUUCGCUAUGCUAGGAGCAUGGGCCACGCUGUACCCGAAUGCGCGGCUCGGCAUCAUGUUCAUUCCUGGGAGCUAUACCGUUGAGAACUUCAUGACGGCUCUUGUACUAUUUGAGACAUACGGGUUGUUCAUCGGAAUCCCGUUCCUACGUUUCAGAUACGGGGCGCAUCUCGUGGGGCUUGGGUUGGGAUUUGCGUACGUAUACUUUGACGGCAAGAAACACUUGUGGCGACCUGCCCGGAAGCUCGCGUUUGGUGGCAUGAAGUUCGUCAAGAUGCAUCGUACGGUAUCAAUCCGUGAUAGAAAUGAUGCUGUCUUCAUCGCGAAGAGCAGCCACAUUGGCUCUAAGAGGUCCCGAAACCGACACCUCGUAUUGUCCCUUUACAAUCCCUCGCCUCCAUCUCGACCACCUCUAAGAACGAUGCUACGUCGUGACCCCCCACGGCUCUACGGGUCUAGCCCACCGUCCGCGCAGAGAAAUCCCGCUCGCCAGCCAAGAACCCAAGAAAGGCGUAAUCCAAUAUACCCUAUGGCGCCGGCGCUACGACAAGUGUACGAUCAGAUGCCGGAGCCGCGCUGGGUCGUCAGCAUGGGCAGCUGCGCCAACGGCGGCGGUUACUACCACUAUAGCUACAGCGUCGUGCGCGGCUGCGACCGCGUUGUUCCCGUCGACGUCUACGUCCCCGGUUGCCCACCCACUAGCGAGGCCCUCAUGUACGGCAUCUUCCAGCUGCAGCGCAAGAUGCGGAACACCAAGAUCACGAGGAUGUGUGAUAUCCGAUAUGAAACCCAGCACCACAAUGAAGCACUGCUGGCGAACUGGAAACCGGUCUAUCGUCGGACUCAAGCGGCGUUAUCGCGCUUCAUGAACUCGCGCACUAAACAUUGGCUCGUUCUGGUCCUUAUCAUCCUUGACGUCGCGGGCAUCUUGAGUGAUAUCUUCAUCGCCUUGAUCACGUGCGAGAUCGGCGUAGAGCACGACGCGUGGGUGGCGCCGACGAGGAACGCGUUGACUGUCUUCUCGCUGAGCUUGAGUUGCGUGUUUUUGCUCGAGCUGCUGUUGGAGUUGGUUGUUAACGGUUGGCGGUACUUGUCGAGCAAGCUGCACUGCUUCGACGCCUUCGUUAUCGUCGUGGGCUUCGCGGUCGACCUGCUCGAGCACAACACGGCGGAAGAGAUUGCGUCCCUGGUCGUCGUGUUGCGGCUGUGGCGCUUCGUUAAGAUUGUGGAUGAGUUCUCGGUCGAGGCGCAGGAGCAGACGGAGGAGCUGCGCGUGCGCAUUCAGGAGCUGGAGACGCGCAAUGCGGCGCUAGAGGCGAGGCUGGAGCUGGUUUAG